AUGAUCCUCCACAAGGCCAACGACGCGUUGAUGUGCAAGGUAUUCGUAAUGACCUUGCGAGGAGCAGCCCAAGAUUGGUUCCACACCCUGCCGUCCGGGUCGAUCAGCAGCUUCAAGGAGUUGGCUUACGUCUUCACCAAAGAGUACACCUUUUACCGAACAAUCAAGAAAAAUCCUGACCACCUGUACAACCUGCGCAAGAAGUCUGACGAAUCCCUUCGAGAUUACAUCAAGAGAUUCAAAGCAGAAAAGGCCAACAUUGUAGGAUGCGACGACCGAAUCGCGUCAUCUGCUUUCAAGAAAGGCCUUCCAGCUGAACAUGACUUGUACCGCGAGCUGACUAUCACUCCCAGCCAGACUCUGGCAGAGGUCUACGCGACCGCGGAACGCUAUGCGCUCUGGGAUGACGAUCGAAUCGCCGCAAAAAAGUCUACUAAGCAGGAAGAUCAACCGACUAAGCGGGCAGCAGGAGAGAACUACACCAAGUUCACCAUCCUCAUACAUCAAAUCCUAGCCCAAGUGAAAAAGAAACCUUGGGUAAGAAGACCGCCACCCUUGAAAGGAGAUCUAGACAAGAGGGAUACUAGCAAAUACUGUGCCUUCCAUAGGACACACGGGCACACUACCAACAAUUGCCUCGCUUGGAAAGCACACCUUGAAGAACUCGUGAGAGAAGGUCACUGCACGGAGUUCAUCGCGAAGCAGGCCAUCCAGCGAAUUGAAGAUCGAGACACCGCCAAGGAACCACCCCAAAAGGUCAUAAGGAUUAACACAAUCCUAGCCGACGCCAAGGAGUCAGGGUUGACCAACAAGGAAAAGAAGAGGAAGAUCAAACAUGCCACUAUGAUCUUCCAAGUCUCGACUGACCUUCUACCAGUAGAAGAGGAUCCUGUAAUCGGCUUCCAAAAGAAAGAUCUGAUCGGCCUCGACAUGCCACAUAAUGAUGCCCUUGUCAUCAGCAUUCAAAACGCACAGGCCAUGGUCGACCGAAUCCAUGCAGACGAGGGCAGCGCAGCCAAUAUCCUACAGCUAGCUGUCAUCCAGCAGAUGGGCUUGGAGGCAAAAAUCAACAAAUCAGCCAGAUUGCUGACCGGCUUUAAUGGUGCAACAACGGUUACCGUGGGCACGAUAGACCUCGACGUCUACUCCUCACCUGUAGUCUGCUUGCAAACAUUCAUGGUCAUUGAUGAGGUCUCACCCUUCUGGGUAAGCCAUGGAUUGGCAAGAUCAACGCCAUCACCUCUGCCACACAUCAGAAAAUCCGGUACCCAAUCUCUGGGGGCGGUAUCAGCCAAAUCAACAACGAUCAGGCAAUGGCGAGGAAAUGCUCCGCCCAAGGGCUAA